CUUUGUUUACGUCCCGUUGGUUAGCUGACAGCUGUUGUAGCGCUUUGCGCACACUCACAGUCUCUCAUGCAUGCCUCUGGUGGUUAUUUGGACCUACUCAAACGUUAAACUGAUCCUUUUGAAUGCCGUGGAUGGGAUGUUUCAUUGAAUGAGGGGGACCCGCUAGAUGCCGACAGGAGGAUGAACUCCAUCACCGGUCGGGUGCUCUCCAUCCCCGCCGCCUCUGUCACCAACUCUGGAGCCUCUUCCUCCAGAGCCCUACAUGUAGAGCUCACAUCCCAGCAGAGACGAUUGCGUCAUCUCCGGAGCAUCGCAGCCAGGAACAUUGUCAACAAGAAUGGUUCUCCACUUCUGGACACUUACUUCACUCUCCACCUCUGUAUAGGAGACAGAAUAUCUAGAGAUUUUUACAAGAGUGAAGUCAUACGGGACUCACUGAAUCCAACGUGGCGGAGUCUGGACUUUGGCAUGCUUCCGGACCUCCUGGACACAUCGGUGUCUUGCUUCGUUGUGAGGAUCUGGGGAGGACAGGAGGAACAGUACCAGCUCCUCAUUGAGUGGAAAGUUAAUCUGGACGGCCUCAGAUACACCGGACAGCAGAUUCGAUCCAGAAAUCCAAAUGAGAUCAUCUUUGGUUUGAAUGAUGGCUACUAUGCAGCUGACUUUGAUCUUAAGGAUCAGUCGGAGCGGAAGAAAAACAGUCUGCUUCAGGUCGACCAGAGUUCAGUCAGGAACUCCUACAGUGUUUUCUCUUUGCUCAGGCUUCACACUGCACAGAGGGCCAUUAAGCAAACACAAGUGACGGUGCAGAAGAUCGGGAAGGAGAUCGAGGAGAAGCUGAGGACGACAGCGACGUGCACAGAGCGGAAGAAAGAGCGGGAGUGUAUGCAGCUGCGUAUAGCCGUGCUACGGAGUGAGCUGCAGCGGCAGAGGAAGGCUCUCGGUAGGGAGAUAGACCUGCGGCAGAAGGAGCAGGCACAGCUUCAGAAGAAAGAGGAAGUGUUCUCCGCUCAACACGAGAGUCUGAAGGAGGAGAAAGAAUCCUUAACCAAGCUGCAGAAGGAAUGCACCGCCAAGAGAGAGCAGUUCCUCAAGUCCAAUGCCCAGCUCACCUUCCGCUGUCGUCAGCUACUGUCUGAGCUCUCCUACAUCUAUCCCAUUGACGUGGCUAAUCAGUCAGAUUAUGUCAUCUGUGGAGUGAAGCUGCCGAACUCUGAAGACUUCCAAGCAAAGGAUGAUGGGAGCGUGGCAGUCGCCCUGGGUUACACGUCGCACCUGGUCUUGAUGAUCUCGUGCUUCCUGCAGGUUCCUCUGAGGUAUCCAGUCAUCCACAAGGGUUCACGCUCCUCCAUCAAGGACACCAUCACCGACAGGCUCACGGAGAAGGAGAGAGAAUUCCCUUUGUACCCCAGAGGAGAGCGCUUUCAUUUUGAAUACGGCGUCUACUUACUCAACAAGAACAUUGCCCAGCUGAGAUAUCAGCACGGCCUGACCACCCCGGACCUGCAGCAGACACUACCAAACUUGAAGAACUUCCUGGAACAUGGCCUGCUGGUUCGAUGUGACCGCCACCAUGUAUCCAGCUCUAUCCCAGUGCCCACCAAGUCCCAGCUCGGUGUCUCUGCUGCCUCAGAUAUCGGCUACCCCUGCCACACCAGCUCCCCAGACCGAGGCCUGAGGAAGAGGGCGAGCUCAGAGGCUGACAAGCAAAAUCACAGGCCGUCACCUCCACCAAGCUACAACACAGCUAUGGCUGAACAGCAGCCGCCAGUCAGCCUGGCGCCUCCUUCGCCUUCACCCAAACACCUCUCCUCCUCUCUGGAUGCUGGCAUGGCCUCCCUUAGUCUGGCCAACAAGGAGGGGGAGCAGAAGCAGGAGGGUGGAGAGACAGCGGUGGAGGAGAAGAGACGUCAAAGCCUCGACAGAGAAGUAGAAACAGAAGAGACUGAAGAGCAGCUGUCCAGUAGCACAGUUGUACCCAGCUCUUCUUCAGUGCAGGACUCUGGGGAGGAAAUGUCAGCCUCUGGUCAGCACACAGGAGCCAUGAACGGCUCUUUGGUUGCAGGACAGGCACCUGUUAGCUUAAUCCCAGAGCUGCGCUGCUCUGUGGAGCAAGCAGAGGAGAUUAUGGGCACAGAGGCUACAGGAUUGGGUCUUGGGUUGGGGUUGGGGGUUGCAGAUGAAGCCCGGCUGGAGGACUACCGCUGCAUCCCUGUGGACCAUGCAGUAGCUGUAGAGUGUGAUGAACAGGUGCUGGGGGAGCUGGAUGUCGCCGGCUUCGAGGAGUUCUCCAGACGCAUCUAUGCACUAAACGAGAACAUGUCCAGCUUCCGCAGACCGCGCAAGAACUCUGAUAAGUGAAGAAGAGGACCUAAAGACAGGGAGGCAUGAAAAUUAAACUUGCACAGAGGCUUGAACAUUAAAAGGCAGGGACAUGAACUGAGAGGACGAGGAUAUGGCAUCAUCUAAAGGAGCUUUUCUGGAAUAAUGACCAAUUUGCACUUAUUGUAAACAUUUCCAUAGUUUUCUUUUAAAUAAGAUGCAGUCAAGGGGGCAAGUACUGGGACAAAAAGCCUUAUUUUAAGUCAUCAUACCAAUAUUCAAACAAUGCAUCAUAACAGUAUCAUCUGGUCUAUUUGGGUUUUAUAUGAGUUACUUUUUGUUAUUGUUGUUUGUUGUUCAAUAACGGGACCAUUCAUGUAAAAUUAGGCACAAAAAGUGUAAAUCACCUGGACUUUGUUUCCCAACCUGCUGCAGAAAUAGACCUUGAAUUCUUGUACCAAACACUGUGUUCUAAUACCUCGUUCAGACUACAAGUCGAGGUUUCAUACUCUUGUUUCAUUGGGGUUGCUUCACACAAAUGGGUAGAAAGUCAGCCUAAAUUCUUCCUUCUGAAUUCAAACAUGCACCAUCAAUACAUAUAAAACAAGGAAAGUUAAUUUAACCAAAAAAGAGCAAAAAAAUGGAGGUGGCAACUGAACAAGAGUAGACAACAAAAUCCUUUGCAGAUGAAACAUGAGUGUCCAGUUUUCACCAAAUCUUUUGGUGAGAUUUCCAUUUUAGUUGUUGCAUCUGUCAGCAGUAGGAUGCUAGGUGUUUUACCCAUCAAGAAAUGGAGCAACAUUUGGGUCUAGACCCACCACUUGAGAACCACUAGUGAGGUCGCAUUCAGAGCUGUUUGGUCCACUUUAAAUGAACUCUGGUAAAUUUCCCCAGAUAGUCCGUUUAGAGUGGCGUGAAAGCUCAUACGAACCAAGGUGAGUGCGGACCAAACAAGCUGACUCUGGUCAGCUCAAACGCGGGGGUCUUGGCUUGCUUCCAAACCACCAACUUUUGACAGGACCAACUUUUAAACCAAAGGCAGGAAGUUGCAUAAAGCCUAAUGAUUUACAGAUAUAUUUAUGGGAUUUAAUACACUCAAAACCAUGUCAUUACCUCACUCUGCUUAUGAGUAACCAUGGCAACACACCAUAGUCUCUCACUCUCCUUUUGGGUUGCCUUAUUCUUAGGUACUGAUACAGUCGUCUCAUGCGCGGAACGACAUGCUGGACAGCUCGCUGCCUCGCUGUCUGCUCAUAAUGCCCCAAUGCAAAAGCAGACAUGCCUAGACAGCAUGAAUUCGGUGUUGUUUCAUUCAUUUAUGUGAAGGAGAUGGAUUAUGUCUUCUGUGUCCUCUUUUCUUCUUCACAGCUCUUUGUUUGGGACAACAACGCCACAAACGCAUAAUUGCUUGACAUUUUCCAGACAGUUUGGUUCAUUUGAUCAAAUGCAAUGUGAAUAUGAACCAAACCACAGGAAUUUGCAACAAUAUGGCGGUCUGAUUCUCGGACUAUCAGGUGUAAAAACGACCUCAAUAACAUUAAUUAACUAUGGGUGCGGGUGUAACAGUGUUUGUGUUGGUCCCAAAUGGUCACUGUUUGGUGCAUGUAGUCAUGCAACAAAUACAGAUAAAUGGAGAAACAAGGCAAAAACACAUGAAAUUUUAACACACCAGUCGAGUCGUACCAACACUUGUAACCGUUUGUGAACUGCUAUUAAACAAUGAAUGAAGAAUGUUUUUAAAAAAGCUCUGGAUGUAAAAGCAGAGAAGGCCAAAGACGUUAAUGAUUCUGUUAAUGGCUCUGUGCAGAUACGUAGAAGUAAAGAUCAUUGGCUAUAAAAGUGAAUUUUAGUGCUCUGCUCAGACUCCAUUACAAUGUCCCAUUCUGUGUUUAAAUAAAGUAGUCUGUGAUCCUUCACUGAUGUGCACAAUUUGUGAUUUGGAGUUACACGCUGUACGGCAAGAGCUAUCUACUAACAGCUAUAUGACGGUGUCACAGUGCACUUCAUAAAUAAAAAAGAUGAUACGCAUAACUGAAUUAGCAUUUUUAAACAUUUUCAGUGUCAGUCCGGGAGACAUAGGCCAUUCAUGGGUGUGUUGUUUUUUGUUUUAUUUUACAUGUGUAUAGGCUGCUCUACAGACAGUAAAAAGAAAUAAAUGAGGGAAAGUUAAAAGUAUAUAUCUAGGGCUUGAACCAAACCUGUUUUGAACUGAACAGUGACCUUUGUGAUACGUUAUACCCCUAAAAACUAUUUUUGACCAAUCUGUUGAAAAAAUAAACUCAGACAUGACUUAUUGUGAUAAGAAUUAAUCAUGGUAACUUAUAUAUGAUGUUUAAUUAUAGGUUACCCUAUGUCCCAUCUGUUAACAUGGAGGCAGAGGUACUACAUAGCAGAUGAUCUGUGUUUGUCUUUGACAAGAACCAAGGCUCCAAACUAGAUCUUUCUCCUUUGGUAUGAAUAGUAAAUUGGGGAUCAGUUGGUCUCAAACUCCUGAUGUCUGAGCCUAAGUACAUCAAGGUUUAAUAGUGCUUUGAUUCAAGUACUGCAGCACCACAGGCUAUUUUAGCCACCUCACCUAAAGACACUUCUUCUUGCAUCUAAGUUAACUGUCCCAGUGCUUCCACCUUUGACUGCACAUCUAACUGUUUAGACUCCACCGAACCUUCAUCCAACGGUUUGUGUGAAGGAGCGAGGAUGUGAUGCAUACAUGUGAGUGCUUGUGUAUGUCAGGGCUUCACAUUAGCAUGUAACUACAGCCACACAUUCACAGUUUGGACCCAAGUGUUCCCACCAAUGACCUUUGAAGACGAAUGACGCAAAGUGAGGUGGGAGCUGAAACCAGUCGGCCAAUCAGAGACUCUCUAAUUGUGACUCCUCUCUCGCUCUUCAGCUCGACUCACGCAGGGUCCACUUUCUCCUCCAGGUCUUAAGAUAAAGAUCCCCAGAGCACAUGGCAGGGAUACAGUGCAAUUGUUCUUCAGCCCAUCUCCACGUCCUCCUUUUAUUUCUAAUUUCAAUGUAUCUCAUCACCUCCAACAUAAAUGCUAAUGUAACGUCCACUGAUUCAGUCGACCAAACUUUAACUCUGAUUCUGUUUGAAUGUCUCACUCAGGCUCUACUGUACCCGUUAAUAGCAGCUGUCUCGAUCGGUGGUUUUUCGUCCCGUGUCUUCAUGUUCUGGAUGCUUUCUUGCACUGGUAUUCAAUUACUGCAUUAUUUAUGUCUCUCAAUAAUUGUUGUGUGUGCUUUAAUUCAAAUGAAAUCAAUGUUUAGAUUUACUUUCCCCACUCACAUGAAAUGUCACUCAUUCAUAUGUAAGAUUUUAGACUGAUCUUAUAACCGGUGUCUGGGUCCUGACGUGGAUGUGACAAAGAUGGACUCUCCACCUCCUGUUUCUUUUAGAUCCAGCACUGUGGUCUCUGACUGUUGAGAAGUAUUGUAUUUAAACUAAGACAUGAACCAUGUUCGAUCAUUUCCAUUAAUUGCUCUACAGUUCAGUAAGUGACCAUGUACAUAUACUUUUGUAUGGAGGUUUCUUUUUUGUUAUUAAAGACUUGCAGUCCAAUGGCAUGGA